CUUUUCUGAAUCGCUGCCGUACGCAAAGAUAUUCUCUGCACCGACUGUUAAACCUACCCAGUAAAGUAACUCUCUUCGUGUGUCCAGGUCGCCAAGUGAAAGUUCGUCCUACAGUUCAAUUGUGCUAGACAACUCUCGCUGUGUUCAAAAUGAGCGUUUAUUGCGUUAAACUUCAUUGAUUUUUUUUUUCUUUCUUUCUUUCUCUCCGCAUUUAAUUUAUUGACACAGCCAGCGAUUGGGAGCACCGCUGUCAACAGAUAGGAACGGCAGCAUAUCCCAGAUUUUGCUUGUAAGCCGUGCUGUAUCAGUGUGUAGUGUGUGGCCAUAUUUGGCGCUCAAGAGUGUGACGUGCUGCUGCCAGUUGUCAAGGUAACCAAUAGUGUUUGUGUAGAUAUACGGUUUCUUCCCGUUUUCUCUCGUUAUUACGUCAUAUGUUUUAUUGUUAACAUGAUGAAUAAUGCAUUUUUUUUUUUUUUUAGAUUUACGGACAGAAUUUUAGUCACAUCACUUUAUAAAUGCUCUGGUAAAAUGAAACUGUUUAAACAGGAGUAGAAUUUUUAAUUAAAUUUAUAAAUAAAUUUAGCAUACAUAUUCGCCAAUCCAGUCAGGCUUAAAAUUAAAAACAUACACCGCUGUUAAUAAAAAAACAUACACAGCUGCAAAUAAAAUGAUAUAAAAAUGGUAUGACACAUAGAUAUUGAUUUUUAUUUGAUACAUAAUCUAUUAAAUAACAUUCACUGAUUUUACAUUAGUAUUAUUUGUAUCUCAGUACGUAGUGAAGAAAAUCAUGUAAUUAUUUUUCACUGUGCCACCUGACACACCUGGUCUACAUACACCUGAAACACCUUCUCUAUGUACACCUGACACACCCUCUCUGUGUACACCUGACACACCUUUCUGUACACAUGACACAACUUUUCUAGGUAACCUAACACACCUUCUCUGUGUACACUUGACACACCUUCUCUGUGUACACCUGACACACCUGCUCUAGGUACACCUGACCCACCUUCUCUAUGUACACAUGACACACCUUCUUUAGGUACACCUGACACACCUUCUCUGUGUACACCUGACACAACUUCUCAAUGUACACCUGAUGCACUGUCUCUGUGUACACCUGACACACCUGAUCUAUGUACACCUGACACAUCUUCUAAAUGUUCACCUGACACACCUUCUUUAGGUACACCUGACACACCUUCUUUAGGUACACCUGACACACCUUCUCUCUGUACACCUGACACACCUUUUCUAGGUACACCUGAGACACCUUUUCUAGGUACACCUGAGACACCUUCUCUGUGUACAACUGAUACACCUUCUCUGUGUAGACCUGACACACCUUCUAUAGUACACCUGACACACCUUCUAUGUGUACACCUGACACACCUUCUCUAGGUACACCUGAUACACCUUUUCUAGGUACAAUUGACACACCUGGUCUACAUACACCUGACACACCUUCUCUGUGUACACCUGACACACCUUCUCUGAGUACACCUAAUACACAUGGCUUAACCCAAAGUUUUAGACUUUUAUGGAAACCUUUCAUUGUAACAGGCAUUAAAACGUUGACUAGUAAUUUCAGUACACAAGAUGUACACUUCCAGUACACAAGAUGUACACAUCUCAGGCGAAUGUUUACAUGACAUGCUCUUACGCUUUUUACUGUGCAGAAUAUAUUUCACUUUACACUAACCCUUCACUUGACUGCCAACCUAUUACAUGUACACACACCCUUCUCUUGACUGCCAACCUAUUACAUGUACUCAAACCCUCCACUUGACUACCAACCUAUUACAUGUACACACACCCUUCUCUUGACUGCCAACCUAUUACAUGUACACGCACCCUUCACUUGACUGCCAACCUAUUACAUGUACUCAAACGCUACAUUUAUAUACAUAAACUAAAUUUGUAAACUCAAAAGCUUUUUAACAUUCGACAAGUUAUUCACAUAUAUGAACACUGAGAUAUGUAUAAGAACUCAAACAAAAUACAUAUAGCAUCGAGUCUUGAGUCACAGACUCAGAGCUGCAGGCAAUUAGAAGGUUCCCAAUUGGAUAGGUCUCAAUUAGAUAGGUCGCAAUUAGAUAGUUCCCAAUUUAGAGAGGUCACAACUAGAUAGGUCACAAUUUAGAUAGGUCACAAUUAGAUAUGUCAAAAUUUGAUGCAUACACAUUUAGAUAUAUGCUUGUUUUAUCUGGACAUAAUUUGAUAUGUAUGCAAAUAGCUAUGUACACGAGUAGAUAUGUACACAUUUUGAUAUGAACAUAAUUAGAUAUAAACACAUCUGUCAUAUUUUCAUACUUAGAUACUCACUUUUAAAUUUAAAUAUUUAGAUAUGGUCAUAUUUAAUAUAUGUACCAAUUUGGGCAACUACAUUUUUAGUUCUAUAAAGAAUGUCGUACAUAUAUACUAUAUUAUAAUUAGUCCCAUUGUGGAAGUAAAACAUAUAUACUAUGUGACAAUUAAUUCCAUAAAGCAAAUCGUCUAUACAUACUAUGUGAGAAUUAGUCUCUUUAAAGUAAGUGUAAAGUAAAUACAUACUAUUCUAUAAAGGAAGUUAUACAUACAUACGUUGACCUUCGUCCCUUUUUUUUGUCAGUUAAAAAAUCAGUAAACAAUUCGCGCGAGGACAAUGCACGCGCUCUCCCGCCUAUUGAUUCUAUAAAUAAACCAAACACAAGCCGAGGACAAGUCCGUUCAAUACAAUACAGUUGUAGGUGGCAUACUCCACCAAUGUUUCCACUGGACGGGACCAUCAAAGACCGGAUCGACUGUGUUAGGGGCACCGUGCCUCACUUAUCACCAUAUUUCUAUGAUAGAAUCACCCUAAAGUAUUCAGGCGUCAUUCAGGGGCUCUGUAGUGGAAACACAUUGCACUUUUGGUCUGUAAUAAAACAAUUUCCAACUUAGCGCUUACCGCUUCUGUUUACGUGCUACGUUUAAGGUAGUCGCAAUGUGGUGUCUGAUGCAUGUCUUAUAUGUGUCUUAUAUGUGUCUUGUAUGUGUCUAAUGUGUCUUAUGGGCCUGAUAUGUGUCUUAUAUGUGCCCAAUAUGUUUCGUGCGUGUCUUAUAUGUCUAUGUGUAUUAAAUAUGUCUUAUGUGUGUCUUUUAUGUGUAUUAAAGGUGUCUUAAAUAUGUCAUAUAUGUGUCUAAUAUGUAUCUAAUAUGUCUAAUAUGGUUGAUGUGUCUUUUAUGUGUCUUAUAUGUAUACAAUAUGUGUCUAAUAUGUUUUUUUUGUCUUUUAUGAUCUUAUAUGUGUCUUAUAUGAUAGGAAGAACACAUUUGGUCAUCUGAAUCUAAUGUAAACAAUGGGCCAAGGUCACGUGACAAGUGAUACUAAGACUAUUCUUCACGCCAGUCUUACAAAACUUCAACCCGCCUCUAAAUUAAUUUUAAUUUAAUUUUUUUUAAAAUUACAUUUGCCUUGAGUCCGAAUCGUUUGAAAUCAACGAGUCCUCAGUCUGUUGUGUCCUGUUGCCACCCAGUGUGUCCUGUUGCCACCCAAUGUGUCCUGUUGCCACCCAGUGUGUCCUGUUGCCACCCAGUGUGUCCUGUUGCCACCCAGUGUGUCCUGUUGCCACCCAGUGUGUCCUGUUGCCACACAGUGUGUCCUGUUGCCACCCAGUGUGUCCAGUUGCCACCCAGUGUGUCCUGUUGCCACUUAGUGUGUUCUGUUGCCACCCAGUGUGUCAUGUUGCCACCCAGUGUGUCCUGUUGCCACCUAGUGUGUUCUGUUCCCACCUAGUGUGUCCUGUUGCCACUUAGUGUGCCCUCUUGCGACCCAGUGUGUCCUGUUCCCACCUAGUGUGUCCUGUUGCCACUUAGUGUGCCCUCUUACGACCCAGUGUGUCCUGUUGCCACCUAGUGUGUCCUGUUGCCACCUAGUGUGCCCUUUUGCGACCCAGUGUGUCCUGUUGCGACCCAGUGUGUCCUUUUGCGACCCAGUGUGUACUUUUGCGACCCAGUGUCUCCUGUUGUGACCCAGUGUGUCCUGUUGCGAACCAGCGUGUCCUGUUUCGACCCAGUGUGUCCUUUUAACACAAAUAAACCAACACUCCAAUUGUGGCGUGCCAGUCGCGCAUUCUUCCCGACCUUUCCCUUCCCUCGGCAACUUUUUCCCGAAGGUCGUCAUGAGAGAACCGGAAAAGGAAUUCAAUGGAUUUUAUUGCUUGUGGAAGUAAUGUCAGCAGUUGAAUUUGAAUAUUUUUUUUCUAUUCACAAUGAUCAGUUAGUGGACGUUUAAUCGAUAUUUUGUUGAUUUCUUCUUGUAAGUACUGUUGUUGAUUUCUGUAGAAGGUAACAAAACAAAAAACAACUGCUUGCUACUGUUAUUACUGCCCCCUUUGUACGACUCUUGGGUGAAACAUGUCUGAUGCCUUCCACUUCCAGCUAUGGAUCGCUACAAGCCAAAGAAGCUGCAGAGCCACGAGUGGGGCUACGUGCCCGAGCGGUGGCCGGUGCGCCAGUGGAACCCACCCCAGGGACACGGCGUCUACCUGUUCAUCCGAUUCCCCGGCCGAGACGUGGAGUUCGCCGCCCAGACGGUCGUCCUGGGGAAGAGGGCGGUCACCACGGCGAGAGGGGAGUUCAUCGGCAUAGCUCGAAAGGUGAGUCGCUACCGGACAGUUCAUUGAUGGAGAGGUCUUUUGCAGGCGUGUCACAAAAUUUAUAAUGGUCACUGAAAACGUCAUUAGCAGGUAGGUCUUUGGCAGGUGGGUGAUUGGUAUAGGUCACUGAUAGAACAUUUGCAGGUAGGUCCAAUGGUAGGUCCCUGAAGGUUAGAUUUUGAUAGGUAGGUCCAUGGCUGGUAGGUCUCUGGUGGAGAAGGUCUUCGAUAGGUAGGUGAAUUGUAGGUAGGUCUCUGUCAGCUAAGUAUUUGAUGGGUAGCUCAAUGGCUGGUAGGUCUCUGGCGGUUAAGUAUUUAAUAUGCAGGUAACUCACGCGAAGGUUUCUGACAGGUAUGCCAAUGCUUAAUAAUGCCCACGGCUGCCAGGACUAUUUAUGGUAUCCGACACUGCCCCCGGGUGCUGACUCCGAGACUUUCACACGGCAGAACCGGCAGAACCGUGUCAUUCCUUAGAAUGAACUAAUUGAUAUGAUGGCAUGGGCUAUUUUUUAGUUCAAUUUACAUAUUCUGUUGAAAUUGAUAGUAAUAUUAAUUUUGCUGGUGCAACAUUUCGAUUCAAUUAUCAGUGCGUAAAUUAUUACAUCCAUUAGAAGUCACGGAUUUUUCACGCGAAGUCUUUCGUUUUCUGUAUACGUCUCCAUAAGGAUUUUAAACGAGAAGAAGGGUGGAAGGGGGGAAGUUGGGGAGGGACACCAAUCUCAGUCCAAUAAUUUGGCAUUUGAUGAAUUUUUUUGGACACACAGUCUGAAUGAUUGGUGGUGCUCACCACCUUCCCAGAACAUGUCAUUUGAAAUGACAUGUUGCUUGAUUCGGGUCUUAUCCAAAAAAUGUUUGCACUUGAACAUGGCGCCCAAAGUGGGAUUGGUGUUAUCAUGACGUGUGUAUGUUUGUGCCAAUCAUGAUCCCUCGGUGGACGUUUGAUACCGAUCCUGAUUGAUCCGAUAGAUAACACAUCGAGAUGCUCUGUAUUCAUCCCAUCAGUGUCUGUCAAUACUUGCUCAAUGUUUCAAUAGGCUCCCCUAAUGGGUUCAGUCAUCCUCAAAAACAUCACGAUGUCAAUACUUGUUUGACUUCUCAGUAGGCUCCUAAUGGGUUCAGUCACCAUCACAAUCAUCAUGAUGUCAAAACAAACCUUCAAACUCUAUACCUUUUUCGAAAGCUUUUAUUUACUUUUAAAAAUGUUUGCUUUUCAUGUUGAUUUUUUUACAAAAAAUAUUGUUUAACUUGUCAAAUAUUGUCAUAUUUGGUUCGAUCUGUCUACGUUAAUCCAGGUUGACACAAACUUUUUUUUUUAAUAGUACGACCUGUCAACAUUCGUCCAGGUUGUGACAAACUGUUAUUUUUAGUACUAUCUUUCAAAGUUGUUUUAGACUGUUUUGUGCAUCAAAGUGAUGGUGGAUUCAAGAUAGGAAUCGAGGGAGGGUAAAUGACACUUACUGCUUAUCAUCCCUUAAAUAUAGAUCUAGAGACUAUUUUAGGCCACCGUAAAGCGCCAAUUCGAUGUGAUGUAUCAUAGUGCAAGACUCCGAGCCAGUGGAGUAGCUCGAGUUUGGGGCGUCCGGUGCCGUCCAUAACACUGCCCCCUCCCUAAUUCACGGUAACCUCCAGGCAUGCAAAAUACACAACAAUAAGCGAUAUGAAGUAUAGGAUUUAGACCAAAAAUAAAACUCUCCCCCCCCCAAGUGCCUACUGAGGCCCCCCUCUCCCUACACGUGUGCUCUUCCCCCCACUCCCCUAACGAACGACUGGUUCAUUGUCACGAUCUUGUCCACUAGAGUUUAACUGAUCCAAAACUGUCAACAUGGAUAUGUGAUGACAAUCUUCUUGAUGUUCUCUAGAUAUGACCUUUCGGCUAAGAUUUUGUAUGUUUACAGUUGUUCCUUUUGUUUUUGUGCUGUUGGCUGAGGAAGGCAUCUUGCCGACACAACGCAGAGAUGUCACUAAGGUUGGUGUCACCCGGUGCAGUCACCCUCAUAUCUGGACUCCCCCAUCCCACUCCUGGUGGAAUCCUGCUCAGUUUGCACCCUGUUUUGUUUAUAAUCCACUCUGACGGCACCCUGCUCUGACUAGUGAACCAUGCUCUGUCUAGUGAACCCAGAUCUGUGUAGUGAACCUGCUCUAUCUAAUGAGCCAUGCUCUGUCUAGUGAACCCAGAUCUGUGUAGUGAACCUGCUCUAUCUAGUGAACCUUCUCUGUCUAGUGAAUCCAGAUCUGUCUAGUGAACCCUGCUCUGUCUAGUUAACCCGCUCUGUCUAGUGAAUGCUGCUCUGUCUAGUGAACACUGCUCUGUCUAAUGAACCAUGCUCUGUCGAGUGAAACAUGAUCUGUCUAGUGAACCCUGCUCUGUCUAUUGAACCUGCUCUAUCUAAUGGACCAUGCUCUGUCUAGUGAACCCAGAUCUGUGUAGUGAACCUGCUUUAUCUAAUGAACCAUGCUCUGUCUAGUGAACCCAGAUCUGUGUAGUGAACCUGCUCUAUCUAGUGAACCUUCUCUGUCUAGUGAAUCCAGAUCUGUCUAGUGAACCCUGCUCUGUCUAGUGAAUGCUGCUCUGUCUAGUGAACCCUGCUCUGUCUAGUGAACCAUGCUCUGUCGAGUGAAACAUGAUCUGUCUAGUGAACCCUGCUCUGUCUAGCAAGCCAUGUUCUGCUGGCAACCGGCUAUGAUGGCAAACUGCUCUGGUGACACCAUUUUCUGAUGGCACCCUGUUAUAGUACACUCUGUUCUGAUGGCACCCCAUCUUGUGACACCCUGUUACAGUGCACCCUGUUCUGAUGGCACCCCAUCUGGUGACACCCUGUUCUGAUGGAACCAUGUUCUGAUGGUACCUUGUUCUGAAUGUACCCUGUUCUGUUAGUACCCUGUUCUGUUAGUACCCUGUUCUGAUGGUACCCUUUUCUGUUAGUACCCUGUUCUGAUGGUACCCUGUUAUGUUGGUACCCUGUUCUGAUGGUACCCUGUUCUGAUGGUACCCUGUUCUUAUGGUACCCUGUUCCGGUGUCAAACCAACAGUAGACGCACCUCUGUUGUUCUAAAAAAAAAAAACCCGGGCGAACUCUUCCAAAUUGACAUUCUUCAUUUUGUGUCUGCCCUGUUGGGGUGUCAACCGGUGUGCUCCACACACCUGCACCCCCCCCCCCAGUUACGCCCCCCACGAAACGUUUGUUGUUUUAUUUCGUCUUUUUUUUCUAGUUUUCCUUUUCCUUGUUUUAGAUAUUUCCUUAGAUCUAUAUUGUAUGUUAAAUUUCUCUUAAUCAACUCUGGCCAUGUAAGUCAUAAUUCCACGGUAAACAUGAUUAAAUUAUUUAAAUGAAUUCAAGCCGGUUAUUACCUCAUGUAUGUCAACAACCUCUGACGUCUGGACCCCCCCCCCACCACCCCUCACCCCACAGGUUCAUGACCUCAGUUCAGGUCCACACCAGAAAGAGGCUCUGGUGGUUUACCUGUUCGAGUCCACGGAGGCGGCGACCCGCUUCUUUGUGAGUGACAACCGUUUCAAACAACCCGACUUCCCGCCACCGGCCGGUGCCUGUGAGGCCUGGACAGUGGUCAAGUUCCUCCAGACGAGAGACGACGACCGUGAGUACAUUAUUAGUUGACGUUCUGGUCAAUGUUGUUGUUCAUAAAUGAGGAAACUAUACUCUCACACUUACACGUCUAACAAAUCUUCUCGCAGCGAUAACAGUGGGCACCUUUAGACGGCUUAGCAACUUUAGCCAGCUUAACAACUUUAGCCAGCUUAGCAACUUUAGCCAGCUUAACAACUUUAGCUAGCUUAGCAACUUUAGCCAGCUUAGCAACUUUAGCCAGCUUAGCAACUUUAGCCAGCUUAGCAACUUUAGCCAGCUUAGCAACUUUAGCCAGAUUAAAAACUUAAGCCUGAUAAGCGACUCGAGCCAGAAUUGCAACUUUAGCCAUAUUUGCAACUUUAGCCAGCUUUUAAGGAGAUUUUUCCGGAUACAGCUGUUAAUUCAGCACUCAAGCAGUUUGCUAGUCAUAAAUCAGCACACUAGGAACAUGAUAUUCAUAAAUCGGCACUCUAGAAACAUGCUAGUCAUAAAUCAGCACUCUAGGAACAUGCUAGGCAUAAUUCAGCACUCUACGAAGAUGCCAAUCAUAAUUCAGCACUCUAGGAAGAUGCUAGUCAUAAAUCAGCAGUCUAGGAACAUGCUAGGCAUAAUUCAGCACUCUAGGAACAUGCUAGUCAUAAUUCAGCACUCUAGGAAGAUGCUAGCCAUAAAUCAGCACUCUGGGAACAUGCUAGGCAUAAUUCAGCACUCUAGGAACCUGCUAGUCAUAAAUCAGCACUCUAGGAACAUGCUAGGCAUAAAUCAGCACUCUAGGAAGAUGCCAAUCAUAAUUCAGUACUCUAGGAAGAUGCCAAUCAUAAUUCAGCACUCUAGGAAGAUGCCAAUCAUAAUUCAGCACUCUAGGAACAUGCUAGUCAUAAUUCAGCACUCUAGGAAGAUGCCAAUCAUAAUUCAGCACUCUAGGAACAUGCUAGUCAUAAUUCAGCACUCUAGGAAGAUGCCAAUCAUAAUUCAGCACUCUAGGAACAUGCUAGUCAUAAUUCAGCACUCUAGGAACAUGCUAGUCAUAAUUCAGCACUCUAGGAAGAUGCCAAUCAUAAUUCAGCACUCUAGGAAGAUGCCAAUCAUAAUUCAGCACUCUAGGAAGAUGCCAAUCAUAAUUCAGCACUCUAGGAAGAUGCCAAUCAUAAUUCAGCCUUCGGGCAUAAACUUUAGUUACACAAAUCAAAUUCCAAUGCAAAAAUCGUGGUGUCUUACACCUGUUGAGCUCAUGGAGCUAAAACGAUUCACAUACUCCUAAAAUCCCAUGUGUCAAUGGCGAUGUGUCCUUGACCCGUUGUCAUUCGACCGUGACGCACGAGCCUGUUGUUAUCGCGUUCUUACCAUUAGUACCUGUUGAGUUUCUUUUGAAGUAAAGGGUCACGCCCCCUUGAAGCAAUCAAGCAGAAAUCACGCGCGUCUGAUUCACCGUUUCAUUUUUGUUUCGCAUUGAAAGGUUUUCUCAUUCAAAGACUCAUUUUUUUCGCCACACUCUAAAAGUUCUUACAGACUUCUGAUACAGACAAGUUUUUCAAUAACUGUAUUCCCAUUUUAAAAGAACUAGUUCUUCUAGUUACAGCCGGCCAAACAAUGGCGGGGGAAAGACGUGAACUCCAAAUCUGCUAAAAAUUAUUUUGAAAAACAUGCAUUCAAGAAAAGCACUUUACAAUAAUCCCAAUUAAUGCUAAUCCCCCCCCCCCGGCCACCCCACUUUUUUGUGCCAGGCUCACCACCUCAUACUCUUUCCACGCCCCAAAACAAUAUUAACUUUAUAAUUCGGCGCGCCCCCAUCCCCCACCACUUUUGUUUUUUCUUUCUUUUUUUUUUUGACAUCGCAGAUUUAUUUUAUCAUAACUAAAUUGGGACAUAUUCUGUAUUUUAAAGAAAAUAUUACGCGCCAAACGCACUUGCGGUAUUUUCAAGAAUCUCAUUUAGCGCAGUUAUCGGGAAUUUAUGUUUCGUGUACUACUGAAUUGACCAAUGCACCAUACUUUCUUUCGUACAUUAUUAUAUUGAUCGAUUUCAGAUCGGAGUUAACGGGAAUAAAAUACACAAUUAAUUUGUCAAACAGUGACAUAAAUAACCUCCUUAGUUCGCGUGUUGACUGGCGGAGUCACGCAACGGGUGUGCCACCAGGUUUAACAACGCAUCUUUCAGUAUCAAUAACAUAAUCAAGAACACAAUCAUUAACACAAUCAUGAAUAAAAUCGUGAACACAAUCAUGAACGCAAUCUUAACCCAAUCAUUAAUACAAUCAUGAAUGCAAUCAUUUUACACAAUCAUUAACGCAAUCAUUAACGCAAUCAUGAACACAGUCAUGAACACAAUCGUUGACACAAUCAUGAAAAGUAAUAAAUAACCAAUCAUAGCUGUUCAAUGAUUAGUAUGAUUUGUAACUCUCAAUCCGCUUGCUACCAAAAAGUCAUCCAGCUACCAAUAAGUCAUCCAAUCACCAAUAAGUCAUCCAAUCACCAAUAAGUCAUCAAAUCAUCAUUACAUCAUUCAGUCCCCAAUAAAUCGUUCAAUCCUCAAUAAAGCAUUCAAUCACCAAUUAAUCAUCCAACUAUCAAGAAGUCAUCCAAUCAUCAAUAAGUCGCCCCAUCACUAAAAGUCACCCAAUCACCGAUAAGUCUUCCAGUCACCAAAAAGUCAUCUGCUGCCACUGACCACCCAAUUUUCCCCAGUCUUUAAGACCUAUAUGCUGUGUGACAACACUCUGAGGGCUGCCUCCUACUCUGAGUACAAGGAGAGAUUUGCCCACCCCUUCUCACAACUCAUCCUCGAUUAUGGAGGACAGGUAAACACUUGCCAGAUUGCACUGAUUACAGGUAAACUCUGGCCACAUUACACUGAGGACAGGUAAACUCUUGCCGCAUUGUACUGAGGACAGGUAAACACUUGCCACAUUGCAAUGCGGACAGGUCAACUCUUGCCACAUUGUACUAAGGACAGGUAAACACUUGCCACAUUGCUCUAAGGACAUUUCAACUCUAGCCACAUUACACUAGGGAUAGUAAACUCUAGCCACAUUGCACUGUCAGUUAAUGUGUAGCCUUAGGCUUAGAUUCUCGGGAAGCCAUGUCUGUGUUGUUUUGUGGUGACUUAUUUUCUCGAUAUAAUCCACUCAAAUCUGAGAAGAAAGGUUAGGACAGAAUUUGAUGUGGAUUGUGUUGAAAUAUAAGACGACCCUGCUAUUCCAAUUGUCUUUGUUUUCUGGUCGCGUUCUUGGUGUACAAAAUAAAAUUUCAUUCGUUGUAAAGUUGCGUCACUUAGUUUUUUUGUAAAAAUAAAAAAUAAAUCGUUAAAAAAAAAUGUAUGUAAAUGUCAUGUUACAAAUGAAGCUUGAAAAAUUCUAAGGAAAUUAAUGUGAGUGUUUAGGCCAAGGGUGGAGUUUUCCACGUUUAGGCCAAGGGUGGAGUUUUCCUCGUUUAGGCCAAGGGUGGAGUUUUCCUCGUUUAGGCCAAGGGUGGAGUUUUCCUCGUUUAGGCCAAGGGUGGAGUUUUCCUCGUUUAGGCCAAGGGUGGAGUUUUCCUCGAAAUAUCAUAAUGAGAGUUUAGAAAUGUUUGUCGUUUGUUCUAACAUCUAUUCAAAAGUCGUAGAAUACAUUCAUACAUGACGCGCCAGCCGCUUGCUCCGUACAAAAAUGUAAUGUUAAAAUCAUUGCCCCAUGUGACUCCACAGCCAUUCGUCGUGCAGUCCAUCGGCGCGGACUCGCUGAGGCGUCAUCACGUGGAGGAAAACACCAUGGUUACCAUGCACCUGUUCAAGAACGAGGAGGACAUCAAGAAGAUGAUGGGGGACCGUAAGUCAUUAUUCCUGUUAACAUUUAAGUAUGAUUGUUGCACACCAAGUGCGCAUGGAUUUGUGAUUUCCCGUUUUAAUUAGUGCCCUGGUGGUAAUUUUAUCUAAACUAGACUAUUUUAUGAUACUUUCUCUCAUGUCCUUUUGUUCUCAUACCCGUCGUCUGAUGCCCAAUCCUAAUCAAUAAAAUAUUAUCUUAUUUGAUUUUGGUAUCCUAGUCAAUAACCUUUAUUUUAUUUUUAUCCCUAGUCAAUGGUCUUUACCUUAAUUGAUAUGGGUAUCCUUAUUAAUAAAAUUUAUCUUAACUCACUUUGGCAUCCUGAGAAAUAUCUUUGAUUUAUAACGUCUGACAUUGAUUUUGUAAAUUGAUGACAAUGUCAUCCUUUGUUCCCUUCCAGCUCGUUACGAGGACCUCAAGAGACGCCAAAUCGCCAUGGCAACAGAUUUCACUUCCGUUUUCACGAUUGACUCCCAAGCGUGUCCUUAGAAGGGCCCGCAACCCGUGUCAAGACUCGUUUAUUUAUUUAUAUCUAUCUAGACACCGCCCAUAUCAUCGAGAACUUAACAACUUGACAUGCCAGCUUUCAGGAAUAUCAUCCGUCUACAAAUUGUCGCAUUACACAUUACUGUACAACAAACACUUAUUGUUUAGAAACCCAAUAAGAUAAUUUGCUAAAAAAUAACUGUUGUAUUUUUGUGAAACUUUUCAAAUACUUAAUUUUACGCUUGUUAAUGCUUUAUGUUUAACGAGACAAAUUUCCAAAAUUGGGUAACUUAUAAUUACGAAUGCUAGAGACCAUCUUAAUUCUCUUACUAAGUUGUUGUUUUUUAAAAUAUUAUUUCCCGUGUUUUUUUUUAAAGGAUGACUUGAUCACUUCCGUCCGCAAACGUCUGUGAUAUUGUCUGUGAUAAAAAUCAUUAAAAACAUCAUCUUAUGGGACCAUGACGUUAUCAAGAUAUUUCAUAAGUGACUUCGUGCUUGUAAGACUUUGACUUCUCCAUUGUACAUUUACAUUGUGUUACUUCAUCUUGUCAUCUUGUAUCCGUCUGCUUAAUUGGUUUAUAUGUUAUUGUGAUUGUAGAUUUAUUGUUUAUAUGUUAUUGUGAAUGUAGCUUUAUUGGCCAAUAUGUUAUUGUAAUUGUAGCUUUACUGGUUAAUAUGUUAUUGUGAUUGUAGCUUUAUUGGUUUAUAAUGGUAUUGUGAUUGUGGCUUUGUUGUUAAUAUGUAAUUGUGAAUGUUAACACUUGGAGAAAACAUUAUUGUUUAAUUGCUGUUCAAGGUUAUUCUUUGAAUUAUAUGUUUGCUGUCGUGUGUCCAAUGUCAUGUUCAACAUCCCAAUGUCGUCCUGUUCUUCAGAUCUCUAGACAACACAGUUCUGAUGACUUUAUUUCGUUCAACAGAUCCGAUCUAAAUGAAAUAAUAAAUGUCUUUGUUAUGAAAUUCUAAAGAUAUAUAUAUUGUGACUACCUCACUAGAUCAAAGUUACUAUCUAUGAUUAUCUCUUGGUGUAACAAUGGCUCAAAUCAACCUUCUUCUAAUUCCGUUUGGUAUAUAUAUAUAUAUAUAUACAGAGAUAUAUAUAUAUAUAUAUAUAAAUGUCCACCUCAAGUGAGUAGAGUUUGUUCAAACAUAUUACCGGAAGAGACGAACUUCUUGUCUUCUUCCCUGAACACAAAAUGUUAUUGACACAAAUUACUGUUAACGUUUAAAACAUAAAUUGUUACAUAUUUGUAUUAGAUAAAAGCAUCAUUUUGUGUUUAAAAUCACUUUGGAGACCUAUUUCAAGUAUACGUUUUAUAAAGUAAAUCUUUAAAAUUUAAAUUUAAAAAAAAAACUGUACAAUUAGAAUUAUCUCCCUUAAUUUCAUUGGAAAUGUUUUAUUCCGGCGCUUCCCCAAAGACUUCAAAAAUCGUGUUGCCUCCCCUUUUCUUUGUAACUUUGUCUGUCAAAAUAAAGCAACAAUCUGUCAAACGACUCUUUGUUACAACUCUU